AUGUUGUCCCCGGACAGUGGCCUAUCCCAAUCGCAAGCGUCCGUGUCUUCCAAAAUUGGUGGUGCGUGGGGACCAGCCUGGCUAAUCAGAGAAACCAGCUGGCCACCUUCAACACUACCAAUUCUCACAUCCAUACCUGAAGAACGGGACACAAAUAUACAAGUAUCGUUACCCACCGUGUUAGUAACGGAUUUAUUAUUACAUCAUUCUAAUUUAGAACGUUCAUUAAGAGUUACAUCUUAUGUGUUCCGUUUCAUAAGAAACUGCCAGUCACCUACACUUCAUCGAAAGAUAGGACUCGUCAGUGUCGGUGAACGGAAACAGGCACUUUACUUUUGGAUAAAAUAUGUCCAACAAAUUGAAUUUUCAGUCGAGAAAGACUGCCUACAUCGACAGGUUCCUGUGAAGAAGACUAGCGCACUCAGCAGCCUGAAUCCGCGUAUGGACAGCGACGGUAUACUAAGAGUUGGCGGCCGACUAGAUCGCUCCACGCUUUCUUACGAGCAAAAGCAUCUAAUUAUUUUGCCAAAGACUUAUCAUCUCACUGAGUUAAUCAUACGCCAAACACAUUGUCACAAUUUACAUUCAAGUCUAAACGUCACUAUGUCCAUCUUGCGCCAAACGUAUUGGAUAAUACAUGCCAGAAAUACUAUCAAGCGAAUCAUACACCAAUGCAUUAGCUGUCAUCGUUUUCGAUCGAUUCAUAGUCAACAACUCAUGGCGGAUCUUCCAUCAUCGCGUGUAACUAUCUCACCUCCAUUUACACGCUGUGGGAUUGACUACACGGGUCCAUUCAUCACUCGCCUACCAUCAGGACGCACCCGGACCACUUUCAAGAGCUAUCCGGCUUUAUUUGUGUGUUUCACCACAAAGGCUGUCCAUUUGGAGACCGUAAGCAACCUGACUACUCAAGUGUUCAUUGCAGCUUUGCGACGCUUCGUCUCUCGUCGUGGAUAUCCAUCUACCAUUCUGAGUGACAAUGGCACUAAUUCUGUGGGUGCGCAAAACACGCUACGUGAAGUUUAUGAGUUCUUAAAACGCACCGAGUCCAUGGUACAAAUUAAUGCCUUUUGUUUGCCACAUGAUAUCCAUUGGGAAUUUAUUCCACCAGCCACACUCCACUUUGGAGGGUUAUGGGAGGCCAAUAUCAAAUCAUGUAAGUCCAUUUUCAAAAGGAUUACUGGCAUUCAGGUGUACACUCAAGAAGAACUGUGCACAUUAUUUACUCAGAUAGAGGCAAUUAUGAAUUCCAGACCUCUAUGUGCGCUGUCCACUGACAGCAACGACUGCGAUACUCUAACAUCUGGGCAUUUUUUGAUCGGACGGGCUCUAACAGCUCUUCCAAGUGAAGACUACUCUACCACUCAGCCCAACAGGCUGACUAGAUGGAAUCUUCUGCAACAACAGCAACAGCGUUUCUGGAAGUUGUGGUCUUCGGACUACUUAUUAACACUGCAACACCGUCAAAAAUGGAGAACACCUCAACAGGAAUUUCAAGUCGGGGAUCUUGUUGUCCUAAAAAAUUAA